AUGAAGUUCACUAUUGACGUUUUGGGAAUUUUUCUUAAAGUCGUCAUAAGGAUAAACAAAGUGACCUUUGCCCCUCUCGUGGUGUCAACACUCUUCAUUCUUCUAACGUCACUCCUAGCUCACUGCGCCAGGCGAAUUGUUCAAAAGCUAAUCAAAGAACCCUUCAUCAGACAACUGCUAGAAGAAGCGAUAGCUGCUGCUGAAUUAUGUGGUUGCUGCUUUGAGUUGAUUGUUGUUGCUGACAAUUUUGGAGUAGCUACGUACGCGAUCUUCUUGUUUGCCCUAACGAUAUGGUGGUCGCUAAACUGGGGUGAUGCUACUGCUUGUCCCUAUACACACAUUGAGGAUGUUAUCGAAGGGAAAGAUGACAUCCGUAAAGCUGUGCUAAAGACCUGUGCGGAGCUCGCCGGAGGCAUACUGAUCUUCAAAUACGUGCAGUUAUACUGGGCCCUGGAAAUAUCUGACACGCACAAGGACAAAGCUUUCGAGGAUUGCAAAGCCGACCUCCAGGUACCAGUUUUAUACGGAGCAGCAAUAGAAGGUGUAGCCACUUGCCUCUGUCGUUUGGCCUCCAAGUCUCUAGGUGACCUGAACCCUCGCUUUGCAACAGCGAUUGAUUCCUUCAUCGGAACAUCCCUCGUUGUAGCCGGGGUCCUCACUAGGCACACGGUAUUCGUCUACCGCUAUGAGGACGCUAGUACCAAUGCGGACCUAAGCGUAUCCAUCUUUUGCAAAGUUCAUUUAGGAAAAGCUUUCGACUACUCCGGUGGGUACUUUAAUCCUGUGUUGGCGACUUCGUUGAAAGCUGGCUGUGCAGGUCACACUCUGACUGAGCACGCAGUUGUUUACUGGAUCGGAGCUUGCGCUGGUUCUAUCCUCUCAGUCUAUUUAUACAAACUGCCAAUAAUCCAAAAAUUCAUGAGAGGAACCAGUGUUGCCAACGGCGAUAGUAUUUGGGCAGAAAAAGAGGAUUAA